AGUUCAGAAUUGGGAAAAAAUUGUAGGCGGUUAUUUUCUACUAGUCACUUUGUGGCUCUUUUUCCCUAGCAUUGGUGCACAAACAAAUUGUUGGACAGGCUGCGUAGUCAUUUUUAACCAUUUACUCCUAGCGACACAUCAGUUCUUCUUUUUGCUAUGGCAAGGUCGUCCGAUGACAGUCAGUGUAGGUUUUCUUUCUACUGUUUUGAGCUACUAGUUUCAGUCGAUAUUUUUUAAGCAAUAUUUAGAACCAGAAGAAAAUGCCACGUCACUCGAAGAAUCGCACGGAUUUGCCGUACGCCACGGCCUAUGAGCGCGCAGAGGCGGGCUUUGGUGCUUCGCACACAGAGCUCCUCGGGACUGAUGUGCAGUUGCCUUUUGGCUUUUGCUGCUUGUCGCUCAAAGCUGCUUUGAACCCGGUGGCGAGUCCAUACGGCAACAUCUUCGAUCGCGAAUUUAUCCUGAAUUCUCUGAUGGAGCAGAAGAGCCAGAUGAAGAGCUUAGAGAAAGCGUUCGCCAGACAACUAGAGGACGAGAAACUUCUCAAGGAGAGAGACGACUUCUCUGCGAAAAGGCGAAGGAUAGAGCAAUUUGAGCGACAAGAGACGGGGAACGAUUAUGGCUCCUGUUUCGUCUUUUGAUAGGAGUGAAUUGUAAGUACGUAGAUUGAGAAUUAAAAACGGAUGGAAUUUCAGUCCUGUUAAUUAUACCUACACACUACCUAGAGGAAAAACGGAGGAGAACCUUUGAAGAUCGGCUUCUCUUUAAUCGACCACGCCCAUAUAAUAACUUACUUCAAUCCUUCUUACUUGAAUCAAUAAAGCAAAUGCCCCUCAGUCAACAUCUAUAUCUAAUCUCUAGUCCUCGAGGACAUGAAAUUCAGCACGAGUCGCGUGGAAAUGGAGGUUAAGGACAAGAAGGCCGAAAGGAGCAACAACUUCUGGGUUGCCUCUGACGCCCCGUCCGCAAAAAAGAGGAAAAUCCAACCUGAAGAACUGAAGAAGCAUACGUCUUUUAAGGCUCCACUUUCAAUGGUCACCAUUUAGAUUGGAGUGACUGAGAUCGAAGAGGCGACCCCUUCUUGAGAGAACCAACAGGGGAAAGAAACGAAGGGAAAGGGGAGAGCUUUGAAGGGGGUCUCUUCCGUUCCGAGUCAGUGACCCUUGAAUGCUGCGCUUUAAGUCGUGCCCUAUUAACCCCGGGAAGAAACUGAGGAUGAAGGACUUGAUACCAGUGAAAUUCGAGGUUUGCGACCAAGAAAUGUACGAUGGCGGAGGCGGUAGAGGAAUGUACUGCUGUAGCGUAACGAAAAAGCCAAUUACACAUCAGAAGGUACUUUGAUUACACGGAUUAGGAGGCACUUUGAUUACACGGAUUAGAAUAGAAGGUACUGAAAUUACACAUCCAAAGGUAUAGUUGUUUGACUUAGACUUUUUACUACCUAGGAUGUUCAUUCCCAACUGAUUCACGCUGUAUUAUGACCUGGUAGUUCUUUGUAGUUUAAGGAGCUGUCGAAUUUGGGUUUUUCUACCCCCGUAAUAGAUAUUUCCGGUCUCUAUUCUGAGGGAGUACUCUUCCUCUUACCUCUAUCGUCGGACCUCCUUCGGGAGUCAUCCGUUAAAAUUGGAACGAUACAGAGAAGAUUAGCAUGGCCCCUGCGCAAGGAUGACACGCAUAAAUCGAGAAGUGUAAACAAUUUUUUUUCCAUAUUUUCCCUUGAACAGCCGAAACCCGUUUCCAUAUUUUCCCAUAAAGCGAACCCAUCCCAUCUAGGUCCUCACUAUUUCCCUCAAAUGCAGGUCACUCUCCUGAAGCCAUCCGGCUACGUCGUUCUUGAGGAAUGCCUGAAGACCGUAGUUCGGCCAACCAUGACUUGUCCAAUAAGCGGGGUGAAGCUUGAGGAAUCGGACUUAGUGCCUCUAGUACCAGGAAAUACAGGGUUUUCAGCGCAUAAUGCGAUUGAAACGAAGACGACGAAACUCAUGCGCACAGCAGCACAAGUCAAUAGCGACCGCAGCGGCACUGUAGGGGCGAAGGGGUAUGUGAGAUAA